AUGGCGGGAUUCUCCGAUGACCGGCGCAACGAAACAUCGCAUAAGAGGCGACGUACUCCGGCAUCCACGAACAAAUCUUCCGGUGACACCGAGGGAAAGAAUAAACGCACAGCGACGCUCAUGGAUCUGGAUGUCCUCGACUGCUCCAUUUGCUUCGAUACACUAACCGUUCCUAUCUUCCAGUGUGAUAAUGGCCAUGUAGCAUGCUCUACUUGCUGCAAGAAGUUAAAGAGUAAAUGUGGAACAUGCUCUUUACCAACCAAGUCACGCAACAGAGCGAUGGAGCGAGUUCUUGAACUACUUAAAGUUCCAUGUGAAAACGCAGAAUUCGGUUGCUCCGAGAGCGUCUCUUAUGCUGAAAUGUCAAGACACUUAGAGCGGUGCGUUUUCAGCCAACGUCCUUGCCCGUUUAGCGGUUGCGGUUGCGGUUUCACUGGCUCGUACGAGGAUUUAGUUGAACACAGUGUCUCUAAACACGAUGACACCUUGUACGAGUUUGAAUGUGGAGAGUCUGUGUUUAUCUACCCCAAAGUUGGUGAGAGGGUAGUUCUCAAGGAAAAGAAUACAGGAGAAGGAGGAGGAGUAGGAAGAGUACUUGUGGUUGUGGAGUGUUUCGAGACGCCACAAGGUCGAAUAUUCUCUGCUAGCUGUGUUGGACCUAUGUUUCCAGGAUUUAUGAGACUCUCCUACAGCUUCACAUUAAGAUCAUCUUCCGGUGAUGGCUUGUGUUUUGAAUCAAGUGCCAAGAGUGUUCGUGAAGUGAGCGGUGAACCACCAAGCGAGCAUUUUAUGUUUGUUCCUUCUUACAUGUGCCCUGACUACAAGCUGCGUAUAUGCAUCACCUGGACUAAUCCUUUUAGAUCACGUAGAACUACUACAUCAUGA